AUGAAUCUAAGGCUCUUAUCCGCCACCCUUGCCCUCGCUCACCUUGCGGUCGCCACCCCCACGCCCCGAGAUAUUCUACCACCCGCUAUACCUGCAAGCCAAUGUAAUGCUGGCAACCUCCAGUGCUGCGACACUGCUCAAAGUGCAAACUCCCCCGCUGUUGCCAUCAUCCUCGCCCUAUUAGGCAUCGUCGUCCCCGACGUUACUGCAGCUGUGGGCCUUACGUGCACUCCUAUCAGCGUCAUCGGGGUCGGCGGAGACUCUUGCACCGCUCAACCCGUUUGCUGCGCCAGCAAUUCUUUCAACGGCCUCGUUGCCUUCGGCUGCACCCCCGUCAAUCUCAACUUGUAA